UGUGGGACCGCGGCCGGGACGGAGCUCCCUGCGCGCCCCCCCGGGGGCCGGGAGCGGCCGGAGGCGGCGCGGAGCUCAGCCGCUCGGCCCAGCAGCUCCGCGCACCCGGCGGCGACGGCGGUGCAGCCUGGGGCGUUCGGGCAGCCUCCGAGCCCAUGGCGGGGAGCGACGUGGACAGCGAGGGCCCCGCACCGAGGGGCUGCGCGGCGCGGCGUCCGGGUGCCCCUGGCGGGCCAGGAAGCGAGGCGGCCGCCGACUGCCCCGAGCCGCUGUCCACUGCUGAAGCGCCGGCCGAGAGUGCCACGCUGCCCGCCUGGAUGCGCCUCUACUUCUACGGAAUGCACGGGAUCACCCUGGACGUGCUGGUGUCCUCGGCCCGGCGCUUCGCUCGCAGCCCGGACCUGCGCAUGCUAGGCUUCUCCUCGCCCUACCGCUGCGUGCUGCACUCGCUCACCCAUUUCGCCCUGGAGAAGGUCUACCUGCAGCAGCGGCGCUGUCCCAGCGCCUUCGUCUUCAAUUUCCUCCUCUACCCCUCGGCCCACGUGGGGCUGCAGACCCUAGCGGGCCAAGCGCUCCUGCUCAGCCUGGGCGGCGGGCCGGGGGGCGCGGCGGCUCCAGGGGCGCUGGACCUGGCGCUGCAGUACGUGCUGGCGCUCUACCACUGCCAAGUGUUCCUGAAGCGCUUCCUGCGCCUGCGGUACGGGCUGCAGAGGCGGCAGCAGCAGCAGCAGCAGUGGAGGGGCGCGCUCCCCGCCCCUCCUGGCGCCCGGGUCCCUACCGCGUCCGGAGCCCGGCGGCGACGACCCCGUGGCCCCAGGGGCGCCGCGGGAGCCCCCAGCCAGGGGCUGCCCGACCUACUUCGCUUUCUUUUCUUCGGAAUGCAUGGCUUUCUGGAUGAGAUCUUCUUCACCUUCUUCUUUAACGUACUUGGGCAGGGGGACGGGACCACCAGCGGCCACACGUCGCUCUGGUCCUUCCUUAUGUACGGCAGCUGCAGUUUCGUGGUGGAAAAGCUCUACUUCCAUCUCCACUACAGCCGCGGCUGGGGCACUUGGAAGCGGGUGCCCAUCUACGUGAUCUUUAUCUAUGUGUGGGAGCUGUCCUGGGGUCUGGGGCUUCGCACGUGCGGGGCUUGUUCCUGGGACUAUUCUCACUACCCGCUCAAUUUCAUGGGCCUCAUCACCCUGAUGUAUUUACCUGGCUGGAUAUUCCUUAGUGUGUACCAGGACCUACUUUCUAACGUGUUGUGGAGGGUGCAGUACGUACCAACUAACUAAAACCAAAAAAAAAAAANAAAAAAAAAAAAGAAAAAAAGAAAGAAAAGAAAGAAGAAAGAAAGAAAAGAGAAAAUCACUGGAUUCCCAGGAAUGAAUGAGAUUUAUUUUUACACAUUUAAAAUGAAGUGGGAUUUUUAGUCCUUUAAUUUUUAUACGCUUUACUAAACUCUUCCAAAAUGUUUUAUUCCACCUUUUAGUUUUUCUAUUUGAAACCCAUAUAUACUUUGAAACAUUACUCAAAACAUAAUUUAAAGUACUUAAAUGUUUUAAAACGUUUACAAGCCCGAAUAGUAAAACCGUUAUACCUUAACAUCAGAAUGGUUUAGUAGUUUUUACCUAUCUGGCCAUAGAUGAGUGAUAGCUACUAAUUUGGGAGGCUGGAGGGGGAGAUGUUUAAAUCAAAGACCAGUGAUUUUUACAAGAUUUGGCUAAAUUUUCUGAUUCGAUGAUUUGUUUACUUUCUUUUUAAUCUAAUUUCAUUUUAAUUCCUUGCCGUAUUUACCAAUGACUGAAGAAACUUAACGUCUUGUACUCUUGAAACUACAGUUAAUAGCUCUUAAAGUGCCUCCGUCUAGCACACAAGUGAAAGAGGCUGAAAAAUGUGAAAGCACGUCCUAUGAACAGAUUUUUAAAUGAGAGAUAUUUUCUAGCAACUCAGACAGCUGACACUGUGUUAAGAUAUUUGAUCUCCAUCCUGGAAAUGAUUGCUUUCCAAUGUGGGUAAGCCUUAAACACCAGGUGUGUUAACGUUGAUCAGAUCCUGUGUUAUCUAUGGCUGUAAAUUUUUGUUACUGUGCAAUAAUGCAAAAUGUUUACCUUACAUAGCCAAGGGCCAAGUGAAAUUAUAUCACCUUCCACAGUGUUCUAACUCCAAGGACCCUUUUCUACAUGGAACUUCAAGGGCAGAAACAUUACCUUUGAAUAAAAUGAACCUGAAUGUUCACUCUAAUUA